AUGUCAUAUUCAAAUCAGUCUCAGAUAAAUGUGUUUGCUGGACUUCAGGGUGACUUGCUGGUGGAAUAUGUUCUGUUCACCGUGCUCUGUUCCUUGCCAUGCUGUUUGUUCCUCUUCAUUAAUGGGAUGAUGUUAUUCACACUGAGGAGUAAAGCGGUGUUUCGUGAGACUCCUCGUUACAUCCUUCUGUAUAACGUGCUGUUAGCAGACACUGCACUGCUCGCACAGAGCCAGUUACUCUACGCACUGGCUGCUUCUGGACUCAGACUGACGUAUCCUGUGUGUGGAGUUCUCACCAUGCUGACCACUCUGUCAAAUGAAAUCUCUCCUCUCACGCUGAUGGUGAUGUCUCUGGAGAGGUGUCUGAGCGUUCUUAUCUACGGCCUCAAAGACCAGACCAUCAGACCCGUCCUCAUGUUCUACCUCUGCUGUUGUCUGCAGAGAGCCAAACCCAGACACAGCAACAAGCAAGAAAACAAAGGGGAGAAUGAAAAGCGGGCACGUGUUACACCCUCUGAAAAGGACCCCGUUAUUACACCAAAAGGGAAGGAGUUCACGGGUACCGUGAGGGAGGUGAUAGAGAACCUGCCCUCGAGAGACCGUAUGAAUGCAGAGUAUAUUAUGAGGAAGGUUUCAACAGCUCGACACAGCAGACGGGGGGACAGUGUGAGUGGCAGCUGCGGCGCUUACCAAGCCUACAAACUCAGUAAGCGCAUCAGAGGCAGUGAGAGCAAAUGCGGUGAUGCUGACUGGUGUCACGUACAGUUCUUUCCGCCGUAUAAUUCUUUCCGCCUCGCUUAG